AUGCUUCCCGAUUCCACCGAUGAAGCUAUCGGAGGUCCCUACAAUGGUGUAGAGGAUGAAACAGAGGAAGCUUUUACUCGUCCCGCUGAUCGCGCCUAUGCAGUGAACAUACACCUCGAGUCUUACAUCGCCAACUGCUUGAUGGAUGCCGCCGAGGGAAAAGUCCCGUGGACCGUAGACUGUGUUGGAAACUACCCAUUCACGGGCUUGGAUAGAGAUUCUCAGCCUGAGUUUGGAUGCUACCGCGUCACUGAUCUCAAAGGCUCUACCUACCCACAUGUCAAGGUCAUCAUGUACAAUAACUUGGUUGCCAGGGAUGACACAGUCCUCUACGGCGAAUUACUUCCGGUCCUUCGAAUCAUGCUCAUGCAGUUGCGAAGAUUGCGGUUCAUUCGCCAAAUGGUCUCACCGGUUCUUUGUUUCUCGCUCAUGGGGUUGAAAGCCCGAAUCAUUGAAGCCUAUUUCCAAGACAACAGUGUCGUAGUGCGUCUGACCAAGAUGUUUGAUUUCACCCAUGCAAACAACGAGGCCUUUAAGAUAUUUGGCCAAUGGUACAUGGGCAGGCCAAUUGGGAACACCACCGAGGGACUUGCUCAGCACCACUGA